AUGAACGUCGCCAAGUGCUCGUCCUGCAAGCAAACCACCCUGUGUCUCGAGGAGGGCGGGGUACUUACAUGCCUGGAUUGCAAGCCCACACGAAAGAAGGCUAAGGGCUCAAAGGGGGGAGAGGUUCUGACCUCCACGACCCAGGCAGACAAGAGCAUCAUGAGGGACGCCAUGAAGGCCUUCGAGAACGAUCUGACAUGUCCUAUCUGUCUCGACCUGGUCGCCCGCCCCGUCACCCUGACCGAGUGUGGGCACACGUUCUGCUUUCUAUGCAUCCGGACGAACAUAUCAACGGUGCAGCAGCAGCACCUGGUGCCUUCCUGCCCCAACUGCAGGAAGAACAUCACGACGGCCCCAUCAGCCCCGAACCUCAUGAUCGAGAAGUGUGUCAAGACGUUGAUAGGGUCGAAACCUCAGUCAGAGCAGGCCGAGCUGAUGAACAAACUCAACGAGGCAGCGCAGCGCGCUGACAGAAUCAUGAGGCAGGAAGACGAUCUGUGGAGUUGUUUCAAGAUGCAGCAAGAGCCUCUGUUUGAUGACGGCGAUGAUGUGUACAGAUGUAGAGUCUGCAUGUGGGAGAUCGACGAGGAUUUCACAUGCACCAAUCCUGCAUGCAGGAGGAGGUGGAGCUCAACUCACGACAUGAGAGGGAGGCAGGUGGUCAUUGACGACGAGGAUGAUAUAGAGGAGGAAGAGGAGGAGGAAGAAGACGCAGACGAGCUGGACUCGGAAGACUCUCUGCAUGACUUCAUAGACGACGCCGAACAGGUUGUGGACUAUCCCUUGUCCCAAGACGACGACGAUCGCCACGGAUCCUCUCGCAGGAGGAGUCGGGCGCAGCCGAGGAGCAUGGAAGUGUCGUAUGACGCAAGCAGAGAGGAGCCCGAAACGAGGUCGAGGAGACGACGGAGCAGCCGACGUGCGGAGCAAGGAUCAUCCUCGAGGCACUCCAGGCAUCAGAGCCUGUCGGACUCGGAGGAGGCCGCGAUGAAGAAGAUUCGUCCUCAGAGAAAGAGAGCAGAUCCGAUAGGAGAAAGAGGAGGAAGCGGGACAGUGGAGAUGAAGGACAGGGAUCGUCGUCGAGGCGCACUGUGA